GAUAUCAUUCGUACCAAUAAUUAUGUGUAUAUAAUCCUUGAAUAUUGUGCAGAUGGAAACCUCAAAAAAUACAUGGCAAAAAAGAAAGAAAAUAGACUUAGCGAAGUAAAACUUUAAUUUAUGAUAGGUUGAAGCAAUACUCUUUAUCAAUCAUAUUGUUGAAGGCUUUAAAAUUUUAUAUUAGAAUAAAAUAAUACAUCGUAAUAUUAAGCCGGGCAACAUCUUACUACAUGAGGGAAUAGCAAAAAUUACUGAUUUUAGCAUAGCUUGCGUGAUAGAUUCAGAUAUGAAUGGUUUUCAAUUUAGCAUUUUAAUUAAUUA